GCUCUUCCCCACAUCUUGGCCGUAGACAGUGCGUUACCGAUGGCUGUACUCGACAAAUCUCAGCGCAACAUGUUCACAGAUCUCAUGCGACGCUUUGUGACUGUGAAGAAAGAGAGUGGGGACGAGACCAACCCUUAUGUACUAGGCGAUGUAGUCAAGACUUCUGAAGGCUCAGCAACAGCACACUUCACAGGACCCCAGUCAGAGAAAAUAAGUGUGCAAGUACCCUUUGGAGGAGCCUCAAGUACAUCACUCAAAGACCACGGUAUGUAG